CCCAAAGAGCUGUGGGGAUAUGUGCAGGUUCGGAGUAAGGCUCACAUGUUCUGGUGGCUCUACUAUGCAAACCACCCAGCCAAAAACUUCACAGAAUUACCUCUUGUCCUGUGGCUUCAGGUGAGUGAUACAUAGGAAGGCUGUGGAUUUGGGAACUUUGAAGAGAUUGGUCCUUUAGACAAAGAAAUGAAGCCAAGAAAUACAACCUGGUUGCAGGCAGCCAGUAUCUUGUUUGUGGAUAAUCCUGUGGGCACUGGAUUUAGUUAUGUGGAUGAUUGUAGCUUGUUUGCCAAAAACCUUUCUGCGGUAGUUUCUGAUAUGAUGGUUUUCCUCAGGGAAUUCUUCACAUGCAGAACAGAGUUCCAGACCAUCCCAUUCUACAUCUUUUCUGAGUCUUAUGGAGGGAAAAUGGCUGCUGGCAUUGCUCUAGAGCUGCAUGAGGCUGUUCAAAAAGGGACCAUAAAGUGCAAUUUUAGGGGGACUGCCCUCGGGGACUCAUGGAUUUCUCCAUUGGACUCUGUGUUGUCCUGGGGGCCCUACCUCUACAGCACUUCUCUCCUCGAUGAUAAUGGUCUAGCAGAGGUAACUGCUGUUGCCAAAGAAAUAAUGGAUGCAAUAAAUAAAAACCAAUACGGACUGGCCACUGAGCUCUGGGGCAAGGCUGAAGGUGUCAUUGAAGAGAAUACAGACAAUGUGAAUUUUUAUAAUAUCAUGACUAAGGACGUUCCAGAAAUGAAAUCGGAUGAACAAGAAAAUCUCCAUCUCAUGCGUCUCUACCAGCGCCACGUGGGAGACAUGCACCGGGGCAGCCUGGCUGAGCUGAUGAACGGCCCCGUGCGGCAGAAGCUCAAGAUUGUUCCUGACUGUGUGACGUGGGGAGGUCAGUCCAGGAAGGUCUUUGAGAACAUGGCUGAGGACUUCAUGAAACCUGUCAUCGAUAUUGUUGAUCAGCUUUUGGCAGCCAAGGUCAAUGUUACAGUCUAUAAUGGGCAGCUGGAUCUCAUUGUUGACACCAUGGGCCAGGAGUCAUGGAUCCGCAAACUGAAGUGGCCUAAUCUGGACCAGUUCAGCCAGAAGAGGUGGAAGGCUCUGUAUGUGUGUCCAGAAUCUACUGAGACAGCUGCUUUCCACAAGGCCUACGAGAACUUUGCUUUCUUCUGGAUUCUCAGGGCUGGGCACAUGGUACCAGCUGACCAAGGAGAGAUGGCACUGAAGAUGCUGAGGAUGGUGACCCAACAGCAGCCCUAG